GACCUCAGGCCUCUGUACGCUGGUCGCUGUGAUUAUCACUCCAGUGAGACGGCGUCUGAUCGGGACGUGCUCUGUCAGACGUCGUCGCGCUCGUCCUGUAACCUGCGCGUGAAGAGCAACACCUGCUACUGCUGCGACCUCUACAACUGCGGAAAAGAACAUCCUCUUAUGGGACUUCAGAAUAAAGAUGUUUUGAAAAAGUUUAGGAAAUCGUCCAUGAUUUGGAACCGCGUUGAGGUGAUCGGAGGCUACCACGAGUACACAGAUGUGAAGAGCUGCCAGGACGUUGUGCACCUCUAUCACCUGCUGUGGUCGGCCACCAUCCUCAACAUCGUGGCCCUGUUCCUUGGCAUCAUCACUGCUGCAGUACUGGGAGGCUUCAAGGACAUGACUCCGUCUCUGGCCUCAGAGAGCUCGUCUGAACCAGAGGCCAUCGCAGCUCCGGCCCCCUCACAACCUCUUCCACCCCCUACCACCACUCUCAACUCCUACAACACUGGCCCCUGCCUGCCGCCGUACACCGCCUACGACCUGCAGGGCGCCUACACGUUCCCCGACUCCUCCGGCCUGUCGGACGACUCCCAGUCCGGAGCCAGCCACCUGUGGCCCACUAUGGUCCCUCCACGCUACUCCCCUCCUCAUAACCAUCCUGAUGAGAAGCCCCCACCGUACAGCCCUUAGGAUGGCUCUGGGCAAAAGGAAAACCCCUGAAGGGUUAUCAGCGUGUUGUUGGAUGCUGAGUGAAUGGUUUGAAUGCACAACAUGUCUGGGCUUUCCCUCUCAAUCGCUCAGAACUGCAUUGGAGGAAAGGUGGGGAGGAGGACCAUGGCCACAGAGCACACAAACUUUGAGUUCAGCCUAACACAAGGGGGCACAUGUGUCUCCCAGGGCACCACUCACACUCUGGCCUGCACUGUUUGUGUGUACCUGUCUGUGUGCAUGUGUGCGUUUGUGUGUGUGUGUGUGCACAUACACAUCGAGAGAGAGAGAGCGAGACAACCAGUUUAAACCCGGGACCGUUUACACAUCUACUGUAUCUGCCUUAACGCAACAGACUUCCAGAGCUGCAGCACCUGGAUAUUUUCUGUUCAAGGUCAGAAAAACAAAACUUAUGCUUUAUGUUCACCUGUUUUUUACAUCGUGUAAAUGCUUCCUGCCUCAAGUGGUGCUGAAGGUCAUCGCUGGCUGCACAGUGAGGAUCUGGACUGAUUAGUACGGCUACGACCCUCAUGUGACCUGAAUCAGCUAGAAUUUAAAUUAAACCUGUAGUGCUGUAGGCCCCAGCAGUCGUUUUUUUUUAUUAGCGUCAGUGUGCAUUAUCAAAGGAAACGUUAGCAACGGAGGUUUUACAUGCUCAUAAUGUAUGUCAGGCAGUAUAAUAUGAAGAUGCUCCUCUAGCAGUUAGGUGCGCCAACAGAUCACGAUAUCUUUUUUAUCAACUCUACAAUUAUUUGAAAGAAUAAUCUGAUCAAUGUGCGGUGAAUUUUGCAAAAGCAGUGCAAUGAAGAAACAAGCUAUUCUACCUACAGUAGCCUAGUUGUCGAUGGAAAAGUUAACAAUUACACUCUGAACCCUAUUUAUUGUAUUUUCCACAGAGCAGGUGGACGUACGUACGUCUCCCUCUUUGUAAGUAGCACUAACGUCACAUCGUCAGGCUGAAGUGUGUUUCUCUGUCAGGAAUGAUCACUGGUGAGGCCGAGGGUGAACAGUCGGUGCUGGAAUCACUGACAGGAUUCAAUUUUAAGAACACAUUCUCUCUGGGGCUGAUAAAGGUUCACUCAGUUCCUUUGUUUCUUGUCUUGCCAUUAAAAAACGUUUUGUGUAACUCA